AUGGCCGAAUGUCAUCCUAGCGAUCCUCGCCUGGUUAACGGAGAGAGGCAUCACGGUCUUUACUACUGUGUUAUCACGCAUCUCUCACAGUCAAACUACCUCGUGGAGAUUUGCGGCGGUCAUUACGGCGUAUUGCAGCACGACGACUUCACUCAAGAGGACAGGAACGCCUCGAUCGUUAUCGACCUGCUCGAGGGCAGGGAAUUUCAUAAAGGUCAUGAGAGCGAGGCUCUCCCGCAGUGGCGUCGCGGGGAAGUGGACAAGGUAUUCUUGGAACCGCCCCUCAACGACGCGCGUUUUAUGGAAAAGCCGCUAGUGUCGGUUACGUUCGACGAGAACAAGACGUACAAGAUCCCAAACCACACGCUGAACGUCCUACUCGGUAGCGCCGUGCCGGCUGACCUUAUCGGCACCGUCGGCGACAGCUACUACAACCACUGCAGCGAGUUCGCCACCGCCGAGGCCAACCGGGAUCUGCAUACGGUCGGUCGCUUCGACAUCGGGGCCAAUGUGAUCGGGCACGUAGACAAUAAAACGGGAGACGUUGUGCGGCACUGA